AUGUCUACUGCCGCUAGAAGAAGAUUGAUGAGAGAUUUCAAACGUAUGAAGGAAGAUGCACCACCGGGAGUGUCCGCAUCUCCUUUGCCUGAUAAUGUUAUGGUGUGGAACGCCAUGAUCAUUGGUCCCGCAGAGACACCAUACGAGGAUGGUACGUUUAGAUUAUUAUUAGAAUUUGAUGAAGAAUACCCAAACAAACCACCUCAUGUGAAAUUCUUAAGUGAGAUGUUCCAUCCUAACGUUUACGCCAAUGGUGAGAUUUGUCUUGAUAUUCUUCAGAACAGAUGGACUCCGACGUAUGAUGUGGCUUCCAUAUUGACUUCCAUUCAAAGUUUGUUUAAUGAUCCUAAUCCUGCUUCCCCCGCCAACGUGGAAGCUGCCACUUUAUUUAAAGACCAUAAAUCACAAUACAUUAAGAGAGUAAAGGAAACAGUUGAAAAAUCGUGGGAGGACGAUAUGGACGACAUGGAAGAUGAUGAAGAUGAAGAUGACGACGACGAGAAUGACGAUGAAUAA